CUGAAGGUGUUGCGUCUUGAACCCUCAAAAGGGGAAGAAACAUAUAUGACCAGGAGGAAGGAGGAAACACGACGGAGAAAACGCAGUUGCCGGCAGAAGAGGAAGAAGAAAUGACGGACGUGAAAUUUUGAAGCUGCGCUGGUGAGAAAGGAGGAAGAAAGGUUGAAGCUUUGUGGUUGAGAAUGUCUGGAAAUGUUAUUACUGAGGGUGUGGAUCUGGGUAAAAAUACAAACUUUGAUGUUGGUGGAAGGAGAUCGAAGCCAAACACAGAAAUUUCGAAUUUUGAUUUGCAGAGGAGGAGUUGGUUUUCUGGAUAAGAAGAGAAGAAGUGAAGAAGAAGAAGAAGAAACUGAUCUGAAUAAGAGAAGUUUUUUCACACACUUUCUGGCAAUGGUUGAAGCCAAUGGACACCACAAUGAUUUUGAUCCCAGUGCUCCUCCACCAUUCAAGAUUGCAGAAAUUAGAGCUGCAAUUCCAAAGCAUUGCUGGGUCAAGAAUCCAUGGAGAUCCCUCAGUUAUGUGCUCAGAGAUGUCAUAGUAGUUAUUGCACUUAUAGUAGCAGCAAUUCACUUUGAUAGCUGGUUUUUCUGGCCCCUCUACUGGAUUCUUCAGGGCACAAUGUUCUGGGCUCUGUUUGUUCUUGGACAUGAUUGUGGCCAUGGAAGCUUUUCAGAUAGUCCCACAUUGAACAGCUUGGUGGGACACAUUUUGCACUCCUCAAUUCUUGUACCAUUCCAUGGAUGGAGAAUUAGCCAUAGAACCCACCAUCAAAACCAUGGACAUGUUGAGAAGGAUGAGUCAUGGGUUCCAUUGACAGAGAAGAUUUACAAGAGUCUAGACAGCUUGACAAGAUUCAUGAGAUUCACUGUGCCUUUUCCUAUGUUUGUGUAUCCCAUUUAUUUGUGGACAAGAAGCCCUGGGAAAGAAGGCUCACACUUCAAUCCGUAUAGCAAUCUGUUCACACCUAGUGAGAGAAAAGAAGUGGCAAUUUCAACAUUGUGUUGGGUUAUCAUGCUUUCUCUCCUUCUCUAUCUGUCUUCCAUAACUAGUCCUCUUCUAAUGCUCAAAGUCUAUGGUGUUCCAUAUAUGAUCUUUGUUAUGUGGCUGGACUUUGUUACAUAUUUGCAUCACCAUGGCUACAAGCAGAAACUACCAUGGUACCGCGGCAAGGAAUGGAGUUAUCUAAGAGGUGGGCUUACAACAGUGGAUCGUGACUAUGGUUGGGUUAAUAACAUUCACCAUGACAUUGGCACACAUGUUAUUCAUCACCUUUUCCCUCAAAUGCCUCAUUAUCAUUUGGUUGAAGCGACCCAAGCAGCAAAACCAGUUUUGGGAGAAUAUUAUCGUGAACCUGAAAAAUCUGCACCAAUUCCAUUCCAUCUGAUCAAGUACUUAAUACUGAGCUUUAGAGUAGACCACUUUGUUAGUGACACUGGAGAUAUUGUCUACUAUCAGCAUGAUCCUCACCUCUACCACAAGACAGAGUGAAAUUUUGUUCAUCUAUUGGAUGCUACUACUAGCCACUCAUAAGUCAUAACACUUAUUUUUCAAGUUCUGCUUCAUGAAUUUGUACCAUGUUUUUCUGAGAAAAUGGGCCUCACUUUCUGAUUAGGUACAAGAGACAAUAAUAUAGUUGCCAUUGAUGGUAUACUAUUAUUUUAAAUAAGGUAAUCAAUAAAUACUAUUAUUGAAUUGUCCUUUUCAA